CCCAGAUUUAGGGUUUCCCCCGGAGCAUCCCGAGCCUGACGACGCAAACUGCGACGAUGAUGGCGGCGUCUUGGAUGUUAUUUCCUUGUCGAGGCAUCGUCCGCCAUGACCGUAGUUGGCGCCCGCCGUCUCAUGGCCGCCGUGCCCUCGUCCUCCACCCCAAGCCUCCGCGUACAACCUUCACCGCGCCGCCGCCUCCCUCCUUCCCUCCACCGCACCGAAGCCCUAGUCUUCCAUCCAUGGAUGGGGCGACAAAGGCCGAAGCACCUCUCCCGGCGACGACGGCGCCGGAUCCGCACCCACCUACGGCUGCUGCUGCACGAUGGAUGCCGACGGUGAACUCAAGCUACCCGCAUGGGGUGGAUCCCGUCCACCCCCUUGUUUCGCCCGGGCGUGGCACAUGGGGGAGCUCGCGGCCAUCAACGACGGCGAGCUAGGAGGCUCCCGCAGCACCUCCGACCACAAUCUCGACGUGCUGCAGGACCUAGACAGCCAAGGGAGCCUCUGCGGCCAGCCACCGGGACGACGUCGACAACCAAAGGAAGGGUUCUUGAGGAUUCGUUUGGUACAACACCAUGACCGAUGCAGACAACAAGGCCUUCAACGUGCCAGGCACCUUGGCGCUGGUGCUUCCGUGCGAUGGCGGCAGGGAUUGUUGUUCGGCAUCGGCUGCAAAAACAGCCACGGCCUCACUUGGUCUGGUUCAGGGGAGGUUGAUGCCCAUGGUGUGGCCGCAUUGCAAGAUGGGCCGCAUCGACAAGAGGGUUCCCUAAGGAAGAGUCAUUUGGUCAUUUUGGAGAUUGAGGAUGCUGGACAAGAUCUCAUCACCCAAAGCAUGAAUUUGUGGACCUUGUCAUAUAUUCCUUGGUUCAGGGGCUCGCUGACCACAAGGACCAACUUGGAGCUCCUCUCUACCCUUGCAGGCAUCGCGAUGACAAGGCCGCCGAGGAGCACAUACAAAUGUCUGGGAUGCUCUUUUCUCAUGAAGUUCAAGGGUUAGAGAUGUACCAGAGUGUUCAAUAUUCCUCUUGGGUUCUUAUAAUUGUCCGACAUAUGUUCAUUGCUGUUGCGUACUCAUUUUGCAUUAAUUAUUGAGGAAAAUGAUGAUUUGAUACGAGACCAUAAAUUA